CACGAAACUAAAGUAUGUGGGGUGUUUGAAGAGCAACGUUGCUGGCAUAUUUGCUAUUGAGAAUCCAUCAAAUAUUUCUGUAAUCAAAUGUAAGUUGGCUUACUGUUAUGGCUUCUUAUGCGACAGAAAUGCACGCUUCUUCUGGUUGUGAAGUCUCACACAAUAAACAGUCUCAAAAUUCAUCUGAUUCUUAUGGGAACAAAAAAACCUCAUCUACACAUUCCACCAACAAUUAUAAAAGUUCAUUCGAAAGAACUAAUCAUCCACCAAUAUCUCAGUCAGUUCCAUCUUGCUCAGACAUGAAUCCUGUAACAAGCCAGCUUCAACCGCAACAUUCACAGUACCGUUAUUCAGAUCCGUAUAGUUUCCUACGUCAGCCAGAGUCUAAUCCACGGACGCUUCCUAAUUCUGAUACUAUGAAUUGUGUCCCCUCAAUUUAUACAAGCCCAGAAUAUAAUUUAAACAGUCCAGACUUAUGCACACAGACCAGUCAUUUACAGUCUUAUUUACAUCGUGUAUCUUGUUGCUUGCCUCAAUGUCCACAAUGUCUUUCUUACAAUCUUUUCGCUCAAUCUUAUAAUUUUCCAAACAAUGGAACAGCUCUACAACCACCUUUAGUAUUGUCUCCAACUAUGUUGAAUAACUACUCAACUUCAGCACUGUGUUGUCCAUCAGCUUCUCAAAUACCAUAUUAUUUUUGGUACAACCAGGAUCCUGAAUACCAGAAACAAUAUUAUCAAACUCAAUUAGCUAUGUCUAAGUUGAAUCUGGACCAUUCGUCUCCAAAUACAUGUAUGAUGGUACAAUCGGGACCAGAUCCUAUGCAUGGGCCUUUGCCAAAUCAAGCACAUCAAGCUGAGGCAAAUUAUUCUACAAACCCAAAUACUUUUGCUUCAGUAUCCUUAUCAGAAAAUCCUAAUACAAUUGUUCAUCCGCCUAGUUUAAUUAUGCCUAUGCCUCGGUCUGUCGCUAUUGCUACUUCUACUACUACCAUGAAUAAUAGUAAUGUAUCGUCUAAAACAAAUGAUCCAUCUCUAAUCAACCAGUUCGAUUAUUCCAAUGCUUCAUCUUAUGCAAGUAGUAACAGUACAUCAAUAAAUAAUCAAUUGAAUGGGUAUACAACACUUCCUAUGGAUGGUGUCUACGAUCCAACUAACAGUGCAUGGUAUCCUGGAUAUUGGAAUUCGAAUAAUCUAUGGGUAUCAACGGCAACUGGUCAAGGUGGUUAUUUAACAACACCAUUCAAUAAUAACAGAUUAUCUCUACCAAUUUCUUCAUUUUCACCCAACCCACAGUCGUUCAACACAGAUGAAUAUGCAGUUCUACAUCAACAAUAUGUAAAUACGAUAAAUAAUGAUUUCACUGGUGUUAUCAAUACUGGUAAUAAUCAUCAUCGCCAUCAUCAUUCAACAGAUUUAAUAACAAAUUAUAAUCAGUCAAGAGAUAGGACGGUUGUUGUUAGUCAACAGCCACAACAAACACUUUUAGCUAACAACACUACUUCAUCUAUGCCAUCCCUAUCAUCAUCUUCGUCGAUAAUGCUCAAUGCAGCAUCUUUAUCAUCAACACCAGUCAGUAAAUUAUUAUCAUCAUCAUCGUCAUCAUCAUCAAACCAAAAGGAAUAUCACACAUUAUCGUAUUACACUAAUCCGAAAUCAAAUGAUUCUUUAACAAAUUUACAAAAUAUUCAAUAUUGUUCUUAUCCUCUACCGUUUUAUAACACGAAUAACGUUGUCAAUAUGAUAAAUAGUAGUUAUAAUAACAAUCAUACUACUGCAUCUGUUAUCACUCAUAAUAAUACUAAUAGUAAUAUUAACAGUAGUAAUAAUAAUAGCAGUAAUAAUAGUAAUAAUAUGCGUUUAAUUUUAACGAUAUUAGCCAAUUCACGAGCAAAUACUACCGCUAUCGCUACUCCAAAUAUUGUCCAUAGUCCUUAUCGUUAUAGUCCAGAUCGAAAUAGUUUAUUAUGUAAAAGUCAAAAGCUAUUAUCUGUCAAUCCCAUUUCGUGUAAUACAAACACUACUCGAUCUAUGUGUAAAGCGUUUUCACAAUCCGAGUUGGCACGUUUAAACUUGAAUGUUAAUCCAGUGAAUUUUGAUGCAUCACUGGUGCAUAGAGCUCGUUAUUUCAUUAUUAAAUCAGACUAUGUGUACAAUGUGUACCAAUCUAUAAAAUAUGGCGUUUGGUGCUCAACUCGUACUGGUAAUCAGUGUUUGGAUGAAGCGUAUCAAUCAGUACAUGGUUCUACUGUGACUAUAACAACAACGACGACCGCCACCACCACCGCUGCUAAAAACGUCAAUAGUCGUAACGAUGAUAAUAAUAAUAAUAAAGAUAAUACUAGCAUAAUCAGUGAUGAAUCGAAGUUACUUCAUAACAGUAAACUACAAUCAGAUAGUAAUGAAAAAGUAACAGGAAUUACUUCUACUACUAAUAAUAAUAAUAAAUCCUGCCCAACUAACAAUCCUGUUCAAUGCCCAAAUGAUUCGCCUGCUGUUGUUACAACCGCACCCAUCUUGUCUGUUUGUUCUACCACGUGUACUAUCACCACUAAUACAAAUACACCCAAUAACAAUGUAAACUUCGAUAAAGCUAACGUUUCAAGAACAAAAGUCAAUACAAACGAUCCAAUUAUACCAAUAACAACUAUUUCUUCAACCAUACCGACGGCAAAUAAUGGUCAGAACUCGACCAAAUCAAAAAGAACUUCAACAUCUACAUUUAAUACUAACGUAAACUCUUCUCCAGGACAUAUUAUUCUAUUUUUUUCAGUUAGAGAAUCUGGAUAUCUAACUGGAGUUGCUGAAAUGAUCAGUCCGGUUAAUCCACAAAAGCGUUCUACAAUAUGGCAAGAUUUGCGAUUUAGAGGAGAAUUCGCUGUGAGAUGGUUGUAUAUUAAACAUAUUCCGAACCAUGUCAUUAAGCAUAUCUUAGUUGAGUGCUAUGACAAUCGUCCGGUGACAGUGUUACGUGAUACUAGUGAAAUUUUACCACCGUCUAAAGGGGAAGAAUUACUACGUAUUGUACAUGAAUAUGGAUUAUCUACAUCAUCAUCACUACCGAAUAUGUCAUCCUCAUUGUCAACAUCAUCAUCAUCUCAUUCGAUUGGAGGUGCUAAAUCAUCGACCAGCAAAAUUGGUAACAAUCAUAAUUUUUCAACCAAUACAAAUUUGACUGAUUCAAAUGGAUUAAAUAAUCAUAAGACUACUAAUACGAGUAGUACUUUCAUUGUUCCAUCAUCUACCAUCUUUAAUAAUAACAAUAACACUAAUAAUAAUAGUAAUAGCAAGAAUAUCGUCCCUUCAGUGAGUAUAUGUUCAACGAUUCCUGAGAAUUCACAAGUUACUACUAAUGUGUCGAAUAAACAUAAGAAUAGUUCUUCGUCUACAAUUAUAUAAAUUGUCAUAUGAUCCUCUAACUUAAUUUCUUCUAUUUCGUUAACUUCGGUGAUAUAUAUAAUAUAAAUAUGUACAGUUUUCUUUUUCUAAAUGAAGUCGUCAAUUAGACAUGUGUCAUCUUCAAGUUUAUUCGCAGAAUAAAAUAAUCCUAUUCAUUUAUUGAGUAUCAACUUUUAUAUACUACUGAAAAAAAGCAGUUUCGUAUCUUUGACCUUCAGCGACUAUGAAUUAUGUAGAAAAUUUAAAUACGUUCGAAACGAUUCAAAUGGAAUGUCAAACAUUUACGUGUAUGUGUUAAUUCAUUCUCAAGGUUGCAUGUAUGUAUUCUGUAACCACGUUUAAUGGUAGCUUAAUGAAAUCCCUAUUAUAACAUUUCUCUCAUGAUGUUGAGUGGUUCCAGUAUUUCACUUUCUAUUUAAUACAUCAAAAUACAAUAAACUUUGACAUAUUUUCUUAUUGUUAAACAGACUGACUGCUGACAGUUUUACAUGAUUUACUACUUCAUAUUGUUCAAUCCUUUCUUCGUUAAUUUCCUCUCCUCUGCGUCACUAUAUUUCUCAUUCACCUAUUAAAUCUUUAUAAACAUUCUCUACUUGUUCGAAAUUAUAUAUGUAUUGAUUUCUGUUUGUGUCCAUUUGUUCCGGGCAUUAUCAUUGUGUUUUUCCUGUUAUUUGUGAUUUCAUCCCUUUAUAUUCUGCUUGUUGCCUUGAUUUACGAAAAGACCUUUUUUUAAUUUUGUUUUCUUUAAAUCAUACUUUAUUAUUAAGUUACUUAGUAACUACAAUCGAUUUUGUAAUAAUCUUAAUGUACACACACACAUAUACAUGAAUUAUUGUUUGGGUAAAUUUUGACAUUUUGUGUGUUCAGUUUAAUUUUCUUCUACAUGUACAUCUGUUUAUUAAUGGGUCCAUGUGUGUGUGUGUGUGAUGAUGAUGAAUAAGUUGCUAAACACUAGCAUAUACGUAAACGAUUACUCUAUAUCAACAGCACAUCAUAAAGCAUCUAUACCUUUUUUGCUGUAUUUGUCUGUUAUCCAUCGUUUAUACACAUAUUAUACAUCUGCGCUCUACUUGCCACAUUCUGUUCUGUUGUCAUAUUUUUUUAUUUCUUGGACAUCUUUUUUUUAUUAUUCUACUACAUUAUUAGGAUGGAUUCCAAGAGAGCUGUGUUCUACCUUUUCGAUUCUAUUUAACCUGUUAUCUUUUUUUUUGUUAUAAAUAAACUCAAUUUACAAAAUACAUAUUCGAUGAUGACAUAUUAACUAUUUUGUUUAUUGUAUCCAUUCGUGGUUGUUUGUCUCUGUUUAUGUGUGAUGCAUACUUGAUCUGUUCCACCUAACAGAUUCACUUCACUUGUUUAUGUUUGUAUUAUUAUUAUUAUUAUUAUUGUUAACGAUCAUUUGGUAACUGGAUUAAAAACCGACUUAAGAUGUAUAAAUUUGUUUUUGCUACAUUACUCUACUGCACUACCCCCUGAACAUUGAUCAAUACAUAAUCAUCACUAUUUAUCAUUGUUCUUGCUUGUAAGCAAAUUUUAGUCUUUCAUUCCAUGUAUUGGUUAUUCUUAGGUUUGUUUGUUUGUUUUCAGUUUAUGUGUUUAUUUUCCUUUAGCCAGUACGAUUACGCAAUUACUUCUAUUAUUAUUAUUAUUAUUACUAUGGAUAAUUACUUGUAUAAGAUUAGUAGUGGGGAAGAAGCAUUGUCGUUUGAUUUUGUUAUACAUUUUAUGAGAUUAUUUUCUAAUCCAGUGCCUUCCAACUCUCAAUAUCUUUUUUUCUUCAUAUACCUACAUCCUACUUAAUAAACGCUGUACAUUACUCUCUGUCUUAUGCUCUACACAAAAUAUACAUAUAGUAGUUUAACGUCGUUCGUCAAUUGUAUGAUAACUCAUCCAAAACGACGAACAGUUGGUUCAAUGUAUCUCAUUACUUCACUUACACACACACACACACAGAUAUUUAUCCAUUUGUGAAAUAAAUUUAAUUUCAUAUUGAAUCUUCCCGUGUUUGAUGAUUAUUUACUCAUUGUUGGUCUGUCGGUUCACUUCUCUUCUCUCUUGUUUUCUAUCUAUCGUCUUUAUCUAUGCUUCGUAUUUUUUUCGUUUCAUAUUAGAUAAUGUGAUUCCUACAAUUUUUUACGAUCAUCAUUACUAUUAUUAUUAUCAUUGUAAUUUUGUAUUGCUUUCUUACUGUUUUCCUUCAGUAUGUUUCAGAAAAUCCUUUAUCCUAGCGAGAACUUGAAUUUAUUUUGUUGGUUAUCCCUUCUGCUUUUAUAUUUUUUAUUGUGUUACACCUACUUUGAUGAUAGUGGCUAUCUUACCGCAGAUCAACAGUUUGUUCGGAAAAUCUAAUGUAUCUGUCUGGGUGAUGAGAAGUUAUUUCUAGUUUUCUUCACUUCUCUUGUGUGUUCGUUUAUCUACUUUUAAAUAUAAAGAAAAUAAUAUCCUUUCUCUUUGUGUACUCUCUCUCUCUCUCUUUAUAUUCAACUUCCGUACAGUUUACAUAAGUAAAUUGUUCAGAUAUAUACAAUGAAUUAUGUGUAAAAACUUUAAUUGUAUAAGACAUAGUUUGAAGUAGAAAAUCAAAACGUUUCUAUUAUGUUAUGCUUUAUUCUUUUCUUUUGUUUACCUGUUACUUCGUUCUGUAUCUGUUUUUUUCUCUCCUAAUUUUUUCUCUUUUGAUUUAUUCUUGCUCCGGCUCGUACGCCCCCGUCCCCAUUCGCUACGUACAAAUCUUUCAUUUUUGAUGCCUUUCUCUCUGUCGACCUGUUAAUCUAUCUGUCUGUCUUCAUAGUCUUUCGAUUUGUUAGACGUCUUAUACCAUAUUUGUUUUCAAUCUUGAUAAUUGAAAGAAAAAAAACGAAAUGUAAUACGUUGUGGAAUUUGUAUUCUAUGAAGAAAGACCUUUCUGUGACACAAUUCUUUAAUUGUAUCUUUGUUAGAUUAAUUGAUUUGAGGUUACCGUGAUUGAUCCAAUGUUCAAUUUUUCUUUAAUUCUUUGUAGACAAACUUCGUAGUUAAUCAUAAGUUAUGUAGGAGUUGAUUCGAGUUUGAUACACUAAAUCAACAUGGUUAGAUGAAAUUUUCGAUGUAAAUCUCGGAGCAGUAUAAGUGGUAGCAAUAUCAUCACCAGUUGUAGUAGAAAAUAUUAGGCAUAAACAGUAUGAUUUGCAAAGAAUGAAUGAAUUUGUAGAAUAAAAUAGCGUAUAAUAUUUAAAAAACUUGGAGCUCGAGGAAGGUAAAGCGUUAAUGUACCUUAUUCAUUGUGGGCCAUGUGAUCCAACAUGUCAAACUACUGAUUAUGAUAAUUAAACGAACCUCAACUAAAUA